AUGGCGAUUUUUGGAUCCGAAUAUGAUGAACAUAGAGCUUCUUCAUCAAGAAGACGAAGAUCUUUGUACCACAAUCUAGGAGGAGGACGAUUUGCUGAUGUAAUGUUCUGGAAGAACAAGAAAGAAUCAGGAACAAUCUUGGCGGUCUUCACAUUGAUAUGGUUCUUGUUUGAAGUGUUUGAAUAUCCUUUUAUUACUUUCCUCUGCCAGAUUCUUUUGCUCUCCAUCUUCAUCUUCUUCAUUUGGUCUUACAUUGGCACUUCAAAACUAAUCCAACGGAGACCUCCGAGUAUUAACGAUCUAAAGAUUUCGGAAUCGACUUGGAGAUUCUUGUUCAACAAGAUCAAUUGGUUCAUCAUAAAGUUGUAUGAUAUCUCUAGUGGAAAUGACUUCAGACUCCUAGUUUUGGCCGUUGUUUCUCUAUGGAUAUUAUCAGUGGUUGGAAACUAUUUCAGCUCUCUAACUUUGUUAUACAUCGUAUUUGUGGGUCUAGAGACGAUACCGAUGUUGUAUGAGCUAUAUGAAGAAGAGCUGAAUUAUGCAGCAAGUAAAAGUGGGAGGGACAUGAAGAAGCUCUUUAACAAAUUCAACUCUAAAGUCAUUAACAAGAUCCCUAAAGCUAAUGCUAAAACUAGGAGGCAUUAG